UUCUUACUGGUUUCAAUUGGGAAAAAUCAUGUCAUGUCAUCACGUAGAUCCAUGCACCAAAAACAGACUUGAAUCACAAUCUGAUAACAGCAACUUGGUUACUGUAUGUUGCCAGCCCUGAUGAAACUUGUAUUCUGUCAUGAAUAUUUAACAAUAUAUUUAUAUACUAUACUGUUGUAAAUCAGGGCUAUGAAUAUUCGUGUAACUGUUCUCUGCUUCUUUCUCUCUCCAUCUGUCUGUAGCCAUGGGAGUGCUCAUGUCAAAGAAGCAGCAGGUGGAGAAGGUCCAGAAAUGCAACGCUGUCGUCUCUGCCUUCCAGGCGGGUAUUAAAGACCGCCCUGCCCCAGCCAAACAGGCAGACGGGGAAGUGGAGGAAGGUGAAGGCCCUGCCAAGCCAUCAGCCAAUACUGACGAAAAGAACACUGAGGAGGCGGAGAAAGAGGAAACAGACAAUAGUGCAGGUCCGUCAACUUCCCAGCAAUCUUCAGCGUCAGCCAGGGAUGAGUGUAAGGUCAACCAGGAGGCUUGGUCCAGGUUACGGGAUGGGAAAGGAGUGGAGCCUGAAGAUCUUGACAAGAGCCAUCAGCUCACGCCGCCAGCUUUUGUGCGGCCCAAAAGGGAAGCAGAUGACGACCAGCCUAUAGAUGUGGAGCUGGACAAGAAAGAGCAGCCACCGAGUGAUGAGAUGUGUGACGUAUGCGAGGUGUGGACGGCCGACGACUUGUAUCCCUGCAGGAUCUGCACUCGGGUGUUUCAUGAUGGCUGCCUGAGGGAGCUGGGCUACCUGCGUGCCGAGGCCCUGCAGGAGAUGAGAGAUACAGCCCACACUGUCACUGGCUGGAGCUGCUACUAUUGUGAUAAUCUGAAUCUACUCCUUACAGAGGAAGAGAUGUACAGCCUUAUGGAGACCUUCAAGCAGUGCAGGAUCAUCCCAGAGUCAUGCCUGGUGUCAGAUGAGCUGCUGCAGUACCGCCACUUUGCAUCCAAGCAGCAGUUUGAUAAGGACCUGUCUGAUGAGCAAGAGGAGGAAGUCCUGGCCCAGUUUGCAGCACUGGAUCCUGAGAAGAAGGGUCACAUUGAAUGGUCAGACUUCCUCUACUUUGAGUCUCUGGCAAUGUUGAGGAAGUUUCGCACAGAGAACUCACUGGUGCGUCUGUUGACUGGAAAGGAGAGAGACAAAGCACGGUCAGUGUUCGUGGGUCUAGGCCUGGAUAAAGACGGCGUGAUCACAAGAGCAGAAUGCCGCCAGGCUCAGCAGUCCUGGUACCACAAGCUCAACAAAGACUCGCAGUCUUGCAAUGUGAGACUCAUGGGACUCUGCUCUCCUAUGAAUUGUGGUAUAAGUCAUGUUGGCCCCAUAUGCGAGAGCAGUCCAGCCAGCUCUGGCAGUGAAAGGAGCAAGACUGAUGAAAGCAGGCCAGUGACCUGGGCAGACUUUUUAAAGGAAAGCGCCAUCUAUAUUUUGGCUGCCAGGCCCAAUAGCUCUGCCAUGCAUAUCCGUCUGCCUCUAUAGUCCAGGAUCGUCUACUGCAACCCAGCAGAGAGAGAGAGAGAAGAGAGAGAGGAGAGAGAGAGAGAGAGAGAGAGAGAGAGAGAGAGAGAAAACCCUAUAGCCUACAGAUAAGUGGAGGAAGACAGACGUGAUGACACGAUGACACGAGCAAGGCAAGUGAGCGAACUGGAUGAAGCACUGAGAGACAGCAGAUCAAGCCACCGACGGAAUCUCUCCUCCUCUGCGUCACCUCAAACCCCCAACACUGACAACACACACGCUGACUGACACACUGACAAGGCAAGUGACAGCAGCUGUCACAGGUCUCAACUCCUCAAAACCCGACGGCUUUUCAGCAAAUGUGACAGAUAGGACGAGGUAGACAACUACCCACUCACGACUAGUCAGUCAGUCAGGGAUAUUUCUGAAGCCUCUGAGUGUAGAGAUCAUGCAUACAAUCAGAUACGCUCUUAGGAUGCACACACUCUGUAUUAAAUGACAAAUACUACACACGACCCUUCAGCUACACAACACACCUCUCCAUGUGGGUACAUUAAUGUGACAGGCUGUUACUCUUUCAAGUACUCAUUCCUUUGGGCCUCAUCAUGUCCUAAUAAUAGUUCCAUGCUACUGGAAUGGGAUUGUUAUUCACCACCAAAAUUGUUAAUCACACUACACAGAGGCACAUGGAAAUUCAUUAUUGGCACUCUUUGACAAGUGGAUAGGCUUCUGGGAGGAGAUUAACCCUGCAGCUGCCAUUAUCGGAACAUAUACCAAACAGGAAUGAAAGCUAUCUGCGUACAUAAUAUUAUCAUGAGAACUGCUAUUCAUACCAGUAUAAAUUAUUAUUAUGCAUUAAAACGCUGUAUUUAUUCCUGUAUCCUCUGAUAUAUCCUCUGUUUCCCCCAUUCUCAUCCAAGAAUCUAUGUUCUUCUCAAGUACUAACUGUGAAAAGGGAUGUGAAGUGAACGUUAAUGAAAGCUCACCCAGUAAGUGUACAUGUAUAUACUGCCAUAUAGUACAUUUUGUUCCUGUUGUGCUCAGAGCUGCACUUUGACAAAGUGGAAACAUCUGCCCUUCUGUUCUAAUGUCAUUACUUGCACUGUGGAAAUGAGAUGUAGAUGGAUUAUCGUGUGACAUAAUCACUGUAAUGAAAUACUGUAAGACAAUGGGAGAUGUCGUACAAACAGUUGUCCUUUGUUAAUAUGCAGAAACACUGUUUAAGAAUUGUUUUGGGUAAACGUGGUGGGAUUUCUAUAAUGUUACAGUUUACACACCAACCGAAAAUGCACAUGAAACUGUCCAUAGAAUCACUGCAAACAUACUGUAACAUGUAAAACUUCAUCUAGUGUUUAUGCCAUGUAAUGAAGGACCAACGUCGGGUCGUCUUAGUGAAUAAAAUAUGGUUAUGACAUGAAUCUUGACUGUCUGAGGGAUGUGUCGCAGUGCUGAAAUAAAUGCAUGGCAUUUACUCUCCUUGAGAA